UAAUCAGUGAUUGCUUCCAUAGUAUUUAUAUUUUAAAUAUAUUAAAAACCAAAUGAUUAAAAAAUAUUUUAUUAUUCCUGAGGGAGGUCGUUUUGAUGUUUUUGCUAACAAUACCACAAGGAGGUCCCUUGAGUUGAAGUUAUUUUUAAGCCAAUUGAUUGGCAUUACUCCAAGCUAACGAAUGUGGAUCACUGACUGUUCUAAAACAUAUAACAUGUUUUGAUUUUUCGGCUUUAGUCUAACACGCAUAGUUUAUUCAUCAUCGAGUAAGAUAGUUGACUGCAUCAAUAUCUUAAUAUUGUCGUGUGUGCUGUUGUAUACAUCAAAUAAUAUCAUGGACACCCCUAAUCACGGAUCCGUUAAGGAUAUGGGAGAUAUUGGAGAAGUUUUACGUGACGUGACUGAUUUAUCACCUGAAGAUUUGAAAAAACAGAAUAGAAAUCUACAGAAAUUUUUAGUUAAAGUGAUUGAUAUGUUAAAAGAAAAGGCCGAUCGAUGUGUCACACAGGAAAAACACAUUGAAGCACUCACGUUACAAACGAGUUCAUUGAAAGAAGUUGUGGACAUCACAAAGCACAUGUUGGCUAUUCGUAACACAGAAGUGAAUCGUAUGACAGAAGAUUUGGAAAGUCUUCAAGGCAAAAUCAACGAAGAGAGAAGUCGUCACAGUGCAAUAAUUGAAAAAAUGAAUUUAGCUGCUAAGUUAAAUGAUGAACUCAGAUCUGAAUACAAACAACAAUCUGAACGUUUUGAAAAUAUGCGCGUUAAGUACGACGAAAAGUUUUCAAUACUUUCGGAAGAAAAUAAAAGAUUACAAGAUGCACAACCCACCGAAACGACUGAUUGAAAAGCUUUUUCUAACUAUCUAUUUUUAAAUAUUUAUAAAUAGGUAUUACACAUAAAAUAUUAUUUAUUGAUGAGAAUUUAUGUGCAAAUAUGGCAUGUUGGAUAUGGCACUGUGGGUGGAUAACGCUGAUAUAAACAUUGAACAUAUUAUAGGUACCUACCUACUUUUGAGCCUACUUAUUAUUAUAUUAUUUCCUUGUUUGAAGUAUACCUUUAUAUUUAAUAAAUAAACUUGAUUACUACAUGUC